AUGCGCAGCAGCGGCCUCAGCCUCGUCAAUUCCGAGCCAGCCGCUACGCUCCUCCUCACCCGCUUUGGUCCCGCAGUGGCCACCUUCCGCCUUGCACCUUUACCUGCGCAGCUCGGCACGGCUCGAUCUUUCUACCAUCCCACAUCCAUCACCCUUCCCUCUCUCGCAGCAUUCACGCUCACAUCCACCGCAAACAUGGUUUCGUUCUACGAGCUCAAGGCUAAGAAGCCCAGUCAGGACGACUACAACUUCGACCAGCUCAAGGGCAAGGUCGUGCUCGUCGUCAACACCGCCUCCAAGUGCGGCUACACGCCCCAGUUCGCAGAGCUCGAGGAGCUCAACAAGAAGUACGCCGACCAGGGCCUCCAGAUCCUCGGCUUCCCCUGCAACCAGUUUGCCGGCCAGGACCCCGAGAACGAUGACAAGAUCGGCGAGUUCUGCCAGCGCAACUACGGCGUCACCUUCCCCAUGAUGGCCAAGUCGGACGUCAACGGCAGCAACACCAACGAGGUGUUCCAGUUCCUCAAGAAGGAAAAGUCGGGCAUCCUCGGCACCGAGAUGAUCAAGUGGAACUUCACCAAGUUCCUCGUGGACAAGAACGGCAAGGUCAUCGAGCGCUACGGCUCCAACACCAAGCCAUCCGCCAUCGCUCCCACCAUCGAGAAGCUGCUGGCCCAGUAA